UAUUUGCGUAUCACUUCAUAUCAACAGCAUUUGUUUUAAUUUAAACUGUCUUAGACGAAAAUACUCAAUAUUUCAAUCGCGGAAAACCGAAACAGCUACAGACAAACAAGUGAUCAAAGAGAUAAUGCAAAGUUGAAAACAAUCUUCGUAUCAAUCUGCAAUCGACGGUGCGAUGUCCAACAGCAGAAGACGUGUGCUGGAUCUCUACAAGCGGCUGCAGUAUCUCGGUCGAGAGUACCCCGGUGGGGCGGACAAGUUUCGACAGAAAUGCUACAAUGCCUUCAAGCGACAGAGCACCGAGACAAACCCGGAGAAAAUUGAGAAGGCGAUCGGCUUGGGCGAGUACGUGAUCAAGGAAAUCGAAGCGUUGUACAGUUUGCGCAAAUAUCGGGCUAUGAAAAAGCGAUACUACGAUAACUGAUGCUGAUUAGUUCAGUUGUGAUGGAACAUGGAAUUGUUUCUAUAUAGAAUUUUGUUACUAGAUCUUAUGAAUAGUUGAAUAAUGUUAUGUAAUCCCAAUAAACAUAUGUUUUUUUGUUUCAAAUUAUAAACUACACUACUAUUGUGCAAACAGGCACUGUGAUUCCGCAAACAUAUUCUUGUUUUUAAUGUUGGAAUACAGGGUCCGGCACUCGAAGUGUAACCAACUUCAGACCGCUCGCGCAGCUGACGCACGGGCAUCAGCUCUCUAGAAAUUUGCUAAAUGACAGUUCGGAGUUGUAUUGUUUACAAGCGCAAGAAAGCAUUUUGCCAAAAGUGAACGCGAAAAAAAAAAUCUUGACUUGAGAGAGCGAAGGAGUUACUUCGUUUGGCCGAAAGCGGUCAAUUUCCGAACAUUGUAUUUUCUGACGAGAAAAUUUUUCCAAUUGAGCAAUUCGUAAACUCUCAAAAUGAUAGGGUUUACUUGACCGACCGUUCAAGUCAUCGAUUGGCCACCAGAAGGCAGCACCCGCAACAGAUAAUGGUUUGGGCCGCUGUAACCGCAGAUGGGCGCUCUCCAAUCGUUUUCAUCGAGCCUGGCGUCAAGGUAAAUGCGACAUAUUAUCGGGAAAGUAUUCUGGAGGUUGCUUUGAAGCCGUGGGCAGACAAACAUUUCGGUGGCAGACCAUGGACGUUUCAGCAGGACUCGGCACCGUCUCACAAAGCUCGAGUGAACCAAGAAUGGCUGAAAAACAACGUUCCGAACUUCAUCACGUCCACACAAUGGCUCUCGAAUUCACCAGAUGCGAAUCCAAUGGAUUAUUCUCUUUGGGCCAUUUUGGAGAGCAAAGUCCGAACUAAAAGAUACACCAGUCUCGAGGCGCUGAAAAAAGUUAUUGUCCGCGAGUGGGCCUAAAUACCUGCAAGUCACAUUCGGCAACUUGCGAUUCGUUUUUUGACCGUCUCAAGGCCAUAGUCAAGGCAAAAGGUGGUCAUAUCGAGCAAAAGUGAAUUGAUUCUCAAUUUUGUAUUAUUUUUACACAUUUUGUACUUUGAAUUAAGUAAAAGUAAUUUUCCAAACUGAAUUUAUGGCCUUUUUAA